UGUAUCCUCAACUCAGCUGCUGUCGGCUAUAGUAGGAGAGAAACGUGUUGCUGUGUCUUCUUCACUUUAUUUCUUUUACAUCAAAAUUCUUAGUUUGAUUGAUAUUGUAGAAAUACCACAAACUUAAGAGAAAAAAGGAGUUACAAUACGACCACUGAGUGGGCCCUGGUGCCCGGUGAGUAGUGAGUACAGCAAGAUGUCUGCUCCAGUGAGCACCAUGACGACACUGCCCAGAUUGACUACUCAAGAGACGCCGGUGGGUGUGGUGCCUUCAUCAAUAGCUCCCUCCAUGGUUCGCCGUUCCAGCUCUAAGACGUUUAUUGAAGACUCUAGUAAGGGCAAGGGCUUGUCCAGAUCCUGGGAUGAGAGGUUGUCACGGACAGCCAAUGGGAACAGAUCCCUGCCCCGGAUAAACCCACUCCAUCCCCAGCGGCUAGGCCGAACAGUGACUCUAGAGACAACAGAUGCACAUUAUCAGAAUGAACUCAGAAGUUUACUGAUGAAGAGAGAACAGUACCACCGAUCUCACAACAGGUGGAUGAAGCCAUUCUAUGGAUCUAAGGUGGAGCAAGAGGUCUAUAGGAAAGACACAAGGGAAGUCUUGAAGAGCCAGAUGUCAGAGCGAGAAGACUCAUACCGACGAUACUUGCUAGAACGCAUGGAUGAGAGCGACCGUGCCAUCAACUUUGACAAGAAAUGCUUGGAGGAAGACAAGGUAGCAUUCCAGAAGAAGUCGGCAUUCCUCCGACAAUUCAGAGACGAGAACAAAAGGUUAAUGGAAUUAAAAGAACAACAAAGGAAACUGAAUCGAUUACACUCCAACCAAAGUGAAGUCGAGUUGCUGCGUUACAACCCAGUCAACUGGAGCCAGACAUUACGUUAAAACAUUCUUCAUUCAUUCACACCAAAUACUACCAGGACUGUUACUAACCAAAGAAUCAAAUAAUUCAAUUUCCUUAAUCAUUAUAGGUUUUUGCAUUAAUGAAGGAUGGUUUAGUUGAUUUACAAAACAAAGAAACACAAGAUACAUUGAGAAAAAUUCUGCCAAAAUUGAACAAGACAAAAAAAGACAGAGGCACUGGAAACAUGUAAUAAUCAUGUGGAAAGUAGAAUUGCUUACGAAGUGCAUGCCCUUGAGUGCAAAGAGAUAUGUGCCAAAAAUUGUUACAUUUCAGUCUUCACAAAAAUGAGACCACCAAAUUGUUCUACAUGGUAGCCUUUUUUUAAUUGGUCGUUGUUGCAUGAUCAAUUUUUUGAGAUGAAGCAGCUUCAGACGCCGGUGGUGUUUUGAAGGUUGACUAUGCAGUGUUCUUUUGUUUGACUGUCUUGCAAACAUGCAUGAUGCUUGUUUGAAGUGCUUACAAUUAUGACAUGUACAUGUAUUAUUGCAAUGUGUUAUUACUGUGCGACAAUGCAAUGAGCAGUUACUGCUUCACGUAUAAGGCCCUUUCACACUAUCUUAUAUCGUCGUAUUGAACCAGAAUCAAACCUUGCAAUUUUGGAAAUCCAUCAUGGCCUGUAGAUGGGUC